AUGUAUCUCCUCCUGUUGAUACUGCUGCCAUCGUUUCUGCUGUCAACGGUAAUGGCAGUCAAGGAGAAGAACACGAAUGUGUUUGGCAUGGAGUUGGAAAGUUGCAGUACGGCCGGGAUGGCCAUGACGGGUAUCACAGGCACUGGCCACUGUGUUCAUUUUGAUUAUCUGCGCAAUGGAGAGAUCUCCAAGACCAUUUGCAUAGAUGUGCCUUCCUUCUCCAAGGCGUACUGGGAAGACCAUAAUCACCAUUUGCGCAACGGAGGAAACUUCUUUGCGGCCACGGGACAGGUUGCCUCAUUGCACCAAGACAUGCCCUGUACUCAAGAUCCUACUCAAAACUGCCCCGUUCAACACUGGUGCAUCAACGAAGAUGCCUUUGCCCAGUACGUAGACUAUGUCGGCGGAUGUCAAAAGGUGGGACGAAUACUUUGUCAGAGCACCAACAAGCAAGCCAUCGAACUCUACCAACAAGAAGUAUACGAUGGUACCAGUAAUGAGCACGAAAAGAAUCAGCAAGCUCUUGAGUGCCUAAGACUCAAGUGCUGGUUGCCAGACAAACCGUGA